AUAUAGAUUUAAAUAUACACAUUUAAAUUAUUGAUAGAUCAGUUGGUUUGCUUAGUCAAAAUUAAUGUGAGACAUGACACUUGGACUCUUAGUCGCACCGCUGUUACGCAACUUGUUGUUAUAGAAAUCAUUCGGUAUUUCAUUGUGGGGAAAUGAGUGAAUUAGAUUCUAGGCGCCUGCCACGUUGGUGGUCGGGCGGGGUAUGUUCCGCGAUGGCUGUGACGACGACACAUCCGCUGGAUUUGGUAAAGGUACAAUUACAGACCCAGUCGAAGAGGGUGCCCGUUUCGCAUCUGAUUGCGAACAUAUAUAAGAAUGCGGGAAUCCUGGGGUUUUACAGUGGCAUUUCGGCCUCGUGGUUUCGUCAGCUCACCUACACCACGGCCCGCUUUGCGCUGUACGAAUAUGGUAAGAACUUUGUAGAUGCCAACAAUAUGUCAGCAAAGUUCCAGUUGGCCACAUUUGCGGGCUUCUUUGGCGGAAUUCUGGGCGUGCCGGGUGAUGUGGUGACAGUGCGGUUACAGAAUGAUUCCAAGCUUCCACCGGCCGAGCGUCGCGGGUGAGCAAUAAAAUCAAUUU